AUGAAGCUGUUUGGUUUGAUUACAACAGUUGUCGUGGUGACAUCAUGCCUGGUGUUACCCACUCAAGGGCAUGUGCCUGGACCCAGCAAUUCGACACUGUUGAAAAGAAGCCGGCGUUAUUUGGACUUCACGAAGGGCGCUCGUAUGUCGUGGCGUUGCACUGUAAAGAACAAUAUACUGAAGGUGAAUACUCUGUGGGGUUAUGGUUUUGGUUUCCGCGCCAACUUCCCCUUUCCUGAUAAAGCAGACAGACGACGGCCAUUUUUCAAGAGGGAUGUCUUUCAAGGUUUAUCAGAUGUCUUAGAGGGACAUGGCUUUGACGGUCAAGCAUGUCUUCUGAAGUCAUUUUGCACAGCUCACAUGAGCGACGACUCGAAUUUAGGAAAGGGAAUGCUGUUCAAAUUGCUGAAGUUACUCUUCACCGCUUCCUUGUUGGUUACGGAGCAGGCAUCAAGUUCAAGUGAUACGGAUAAGGAAAUUGCAUUUAUUUCCGUUAACGGAAGUCAUCUAGAUGUCAGCAAAACAAAACUGAGCAGCUCCAAAGCCUCAGCUACGGGGGAUGUGACAGUCAUCAGCAGACCAGGAGAAGAGCGUCCACGGAAACGAAGCAAGAGAUAUUUAGAUUUCAUCGAAGGGAGUCGCAUGAUUUUUCGAGUCAAUGUCAAGAACAACAUCAUUCCCAAGCCGACAAUAUGGGCCCAUGGUUAUGGUUUUCGUUGUAAUUAUCCCAUUGAAAAUAACAGGGAAGCUAGGCCAUUUAGGCGCGAUACAUACGAUGUGUUGCGGGAGCUAAUGGAUAGGAGUGGCUUUGAUGGUCAAGCUUGCAUUUUGAAAGCCUACUGUGCCGCUCAUCUGGACAAUGGGACAAUGUGGAAUAAGGGCAUGUUAUUCAAGCUAAUGAAAUAUAUCUUUACACUAACCGACGAGGAUAGACGUCACUUUCCCCAUCUACAACAUGACAACUGUAAACAGAUUCUGCACAGCCAUUGUCCUCUGAGUUUCAAUAGUAUUUCGCCCUACACUGACGAUCUGUAG